AUGCAGGUGGAUAUCCAAGCCAACGCUGAGACCGUCAAUGCCUUAUCAAGCAAGGCCGAUGAAGCAAACUCUCACCUUGCCAAGUAUAUGGAACUGAUGCAGCAGAUCUUGGUUGCUCUUCAACAGCCAAUCUCGACAGCUAAAUCGUCGUUCACUGUUGAUGACCCUCGCGACGAUGAUCUUCCAGUCACCUCUGCAGCUAAUGCUGGUGAUUUGGAUGAUGAUGAUGAUGAUGAAGAUGAUGAUAAAGAAGACGGUGAGUAUCCUGACCUUCCUAAUGCUGGCAAACACCUGGACGAUGAUGAUGAUAAAGACGACGAUGAUAACGGCUUCACUAAUCAAUACCAGAGACCUGCCGGUGCCACAAAAGGCGUCACCCUCAAGGAUUCCACAUCCCAAGGGGAGCAAAGGGAGAAAGAGGCAACUCAAGAAAAGCACCAGAACACCAAGUCGAAAGACAAAGGUGUUGCUGAAGAAGGCAAUCUAAGGAGUGCGCUGCAUUCUAGCACCGACACUUCUUGUAGCAGCUCAUUCGUUGAUGCACAGGUUGAAAAGUUGAAGCAUCAGGACAAGGAAAUGGCUGAGGUAAGAAGGAAACAGAUGGAAGAGAUGCGGGAGAUGGUCAUGAAAUUCACGAAUUCUCAGUUUCCGCCGGGUGAUCUGUGGUUUGAUAAGGUCGUUGGACGUAGUGUAACAAACAAUUAA